AUGCCCAACAAGGAUACCAAACAAACCCCCUCCCUACGCCAAAUACUCACAACGCCAUCCAACGCCGCACUCGAAACGUUCGACGCCUGGAACACCGUCUCAACAGGCCACCAACGCGCAGAAGUGAAGCAAUCCAAUUCCUCCGGCUGGACCCAGGUACGCAGCCAGAAACUAUCUGCUCAAUAUGGCCGUAAUCCCAAAGCCUUCCAUGGUGAGUGGGCAUGGCUCGACAAGCAAGGGCGGAAGAAACUCGGUCAACUGAAUGCUGGGAACGGGGAUAUACGUCGUUUCAUGAGCACGGGCAAAAGGAGGGCUGGGGAUGAAGUCAAUGGAAAGUCCGAAGUGACCAAGCGCUUGAAGUUGAUGCAGGGACAGCAGCAUGAACAUAGCCAUGAGCAUGGACAAGUGGCUGGUGAUGAUCUGCCGGUAAUGAGCUUGGAGCAAAGCAGGGGGGCGGUAUGCUUCGAUGAACGGUAUGAUCGUACGAGUAUGAAUUAUUAUAAGAGUUACAAAAUUAAUGAUGAUACCCAUGCAAACAAGGAUAAGCGUAUAUUCGCUAACCUGACGAUAUAUAUCAAUGGUUCCACCAUGCCACUGAUAUCAGACCAUAAGUUGAAAAAUAUGCUGGUAGAUCAUGGAGCGAAAAUAUCAAUUGGCCUUGCCAGGCGGAGUGUGACGCACGUCAUCCUCGGUUAUCCAAAUGGGGCGGGUGAGGUCGAGAGUGGCGGUGCAGGUAAGGAUUCCGGGAAUUCGCAGCCCGGGGCCGGUGGAGGACUUGCAGCCGGGAAAAUGCAGCAAGAGAUAAGCCGUGUUAGCGGCAUGGGGGUUAAAUUCGUUGGGGUUGAGUGGCGAGUAUUUCCUUUACUUGGCUUAUUGCAUUGUUUCGUGGAUUAA